CUGGCUCCUCGACGUAAUGCCUCUCCUCCGCCCUACUCUCCCCCCGCCCAUCCGCCGCGCGAGCCAGACCCAAACCUGGUGCGGUCUAGCGUCCCAGCAGAGCUGUUGCACCCUCCUGCUGUGUCGUUGACACGCCAAUUCGCCAAAGAAGUGGCGUCUGCCGCGUCGUCGGCUGUCCCGCCGUCCCCGACCUCCGAUAUCUCCCAUACCCCACUCAGCAGCGAUUCCGGCCAGGCUGGUUCCUCGCCGCUGCAUCCGCGGGUGGCCGUGAUCUUGGGCGUAGACCGCAGGUGGUAUAUUCCAUUACUGGUGUGUCGGGCCUUGAGCACGCUGCCUGCGGCAUGGUGGGGGUUGCGUUGUGCAUUUACCUUCUUGGCCGAGUUGCUGCAUAUCCGGCCGGGGAUGGGGCGGGAGGGCUGGGCGGCAGCAAUUGUCGGCAGUGUCGGGCAGGAAUGGGACGUUGAGAGGAGGUUUCGGGUUACAGAGGUGGCAUUGGCUAUCAUGUGGUGCUGUGCAUCUGCUUAUCUUUCUUAUUUCUUCGCCGACUGUAUGAUGUCUCGAUGGCUUCUGAACUACACCCCUCCGGCUGUGGUAAUCCGCCUCUUGACCACAAACGGAUUAAUUGCAUAUAUCACUUCUUGGGUCCUUUAUCUUUCAGGCGCAUCAUCUGACCCGAGACUCCUUCUCCCAGCCUGGAUAUCCAUCACCACGACCCUCACGUUCGUCUACCACGCCACGCAAAAUCACGCAACUAUCAAACGCGAAACUGCAGCUUCUCUUCUUGUCGUAUCCGUCGCCUCGUUUCUCAGCAUGUCUUCCCUCCUUCUCCAACUUCACCUCACCCGCGAAAACGAGCCCGAGGUCCCCGUCUUCGUGAUCACCCGCAAACUCUGGGAUUGGGCCGUUGCCAUCUUCCUGCGCAUGCGCGUUGCGGACGAUCGUGUCAUGGGCGACCUGUAA